AUGUCACAGCCAUGGGAUUAUAUUGCUAAGCUUGUCUGCAUUGGUGACUCUGGCACUGGCAAGUCCAGCCUCACCGUCCGACUUUGUGAAGGCCGAUUUUCCCCAUCUCAUGAUGUGACCAUCGGAGUCGAGUUCGGGUCACGAAUUGUGCCAGUUGGUCCUCCAGCUUCACUAGAACUAGAACUUGAUGAUCCUUUUCCCAGAUCAUCAGGUGAUACAUUUCCAGAAGCGUCUACCUCCGGCCUACCUAUCCCUCCACGAAAGCCACAAGGUUCUCCCAAUCAGAAGCGCAUGAAACUCUCCUUGUGGGAUACCGCUGGACAAGAGACAUACAAGUCCAUCACCCGCUCUUACUUCCGGGGUGCCUCUGGCGCUCUCCUAGUCUUUGAUAUAUCCAGGUAUUCGACCUUUAUAUCCUGCACCCAGUGGCUGCAGGAUCUACGGCAUAUCGCAGAAGAUGGUAUUGUUGUCAUCUUGGUCGGUAACAAGACUGAUCUGACGGGGGCCAGUUCUGGAUCAAAUCAAAGGCAGGUAACCCAGGAGGAGGCCGAAGAAUGGUGCCGUAUGAAUAAAGUGGUUCGCUAUGUUGAAACGAGCGCCAAAUCUGGAGAUGGCGUUGAACGAGCGUUCCUGGAAGUGGCCGAGAGAAUCUAUCGUAACAUUGAAACGGGAAAAUACGACCUCAAUGAUCGACGGAGCGGCGUGAAAGGGUUCGGGGCCUCAGGAGGAGCAAACACGGGAGUGCCUAGAACUAUCACAUUGGGAAUGGAUGAUGCUAUGCGCAAAGGUGGUAACGGUUGGACUGGGGGGUGUUGCUAA